AUGAGCAGUGAGAAUGAAUGGUUAUGGUUGCAAGAGCGCCCUGCCAACGUCGUAGCAGAUGACUUCUACUUUACCGGGAUACUUACUCCGCGUAGCACAGACAACCCCCUAGGCUCGAACAUUACAUCGGUGAACGUCGAGACGUUUCCGGGCCUCAACACUCUAGGCAUGGGACGCAGUGACUUCGCAUCCGGUGGUGUGAACCCUCCUCACGUGCACCACCCUCGAGCAUCGGAGCUGUUGAUGGUGCUUGAGGGAACCCUUUUGGUGGAGUUGGUGAGCUCAAACCAAAACGGAAAUCGAGUAUUCUCAAAGGCGGUGAACAAAGGAGAUGUGUUUUUGAUCCCUCAAGGAAUGGCUCACUUUCAAAAGAACAUUGGAGAUGGGAAUAAUGCUGUGGGGAUUUCAAAGCCUUUAGCAGCCAAUUCCCAGGAGUUUACACAAUUGAUACUUCUGUGUUUAAUUAUUCUACACCUAAAAUUCCUACUCAUGAUAUAA